AUGCCUGAUGAUAAGGGUGCUACCCUGCAAAACAUUCUUGACUCCCUUGGAAUGACACAGCAAGCCAUCAGUCCGCCCUUAACUGAGCACGGUGACUGUUUACCGGAUUCGGCUUUGUCGUCAAUUCCACAACUUAAUGACUCUUCAAUCAUUGCCCUUCAAGGUGAUCAAUCGGUCUUGAGGCUCUUGGCAGAAGACAGUCCGGGCAGUAUAUUUAACGCCUGGCUUUUUGACCUAGACUUCGGUAUAAACAUUACGCCCUCUUCAUCCGACAUGCAACAACAACAACAAUUAUUCUUAGGCUCUUCGCCAAAUGAUGGACUGGCUAUACCACCAACGGCCCAGACAGGAUCUAUCGAAACCGUUUAUAGCGAAAGUGGCUCUACCCUUUUCAAGGAACCGGCUAGCAUAUCCGACAUCGAAGGCCUGGUUGAUGAGAUCUCCGACCGGGUUGGUACCUUAAAAAUCGGCCCUGGAGGGAAGACACGUUUUUAUGGCCCAACAUCCACCUUCAAUUUGAGGGAAAUGUCAUCCUCUGACAGUUACGAAGCCGAUCAGCGAAGCCUCACCUAUCCUUAUGGGCCAGAGGACGAAAUUCCUGCGGCUGUAGAAGAUCACCUUCUCGACCUUUAUUUCACCUGGCAGGACCCGUCAUUCCAUGUCGUUGAUCGACGUAUCUACGAAGAAGCAAAAGAAAAGUGGAAAAAUAUGGAAGAGACUCCUUUCUAUUCAGAGGCACUGCGGAGUGCAAUGUGUGCGCUUGGUAGUGCUUUCGAGUCUCGAUACCAUCCGACCUUUAUCACGUUUCCGAAGACGCUUGUCGAUUUCUUUGGCGAUCGCGCCAAGUCAAUACUUGAAACAGAAUUAGAUUCUCCUUGUGUUGCCACCAUUCAAGCAUUGGUCAUCUUGAGCAGCCAUGAGAUUGGAAACGGAAAAGAUGCAAGAGGGUGGCUAUAUAGCGGUAACUCCAUCUUGAAACCUCAGUGA